GUUCUAACAGACCGCGGAGUUCGUCUGUGUUUGUUCCGACAGAAGAACGGAGCAAAACAAAAAAGGAACAUUUCAACUUUUACACUCGGGGUUUUUGAUGCGCGUCCUGCCAAACAGUUCACGACUCAAACUCAGAGUCUCGUUCACGCGCAUUCACGUCUUAAAAACGGACUAUGUUUGUAAAUGACCACAGCCGUGAGGACAGCGGGACAGACGGGACUUCCGGUCGCAGCCACUGAUGACAUGUUAUUCCAGAAGCAUCACUGGCUGCAGAUCAAACGACCGACAUGACCUCCUGACUUCUGACCCCUGACCUGCCGUGAAUAAAAACAGUCAUAACUGAACUGGAAAGACUUUUCUCUAAGAUGGAAAUAUAUGAACAGCCAAUGAGACGGAGGCAGUUCUACUUCAAAUGUUUCUUCAUUAAAAUCAGGACUUUUUUUUUUUUUUACAGAUUUUUCUCUGGGAAUCGAAUUGAACCAAAUCUCUAAUUCUUUACACUUUAUAUAUUUAUUCAUUUCUAUUCAGUUGUACUUGUUUGGUCUCUGUGUGAUGUCACGGCUUCAUCACCAAGUUAAGGUUUUAACUGGAGUUUGUGUCACAGAGUUUAGAUCAUCAUCACGUUCCUGUUUUACAGUCUCACAUUGUUUUUUUGAAAUGUAAAUAUUUGUAAAAUCACGAGUAUUCUUUCAAAUAUUACUGUACAUAGAUUUAAAUCGUCAAAGGAAUCAAAGUUUUCAGUUUGAUUUUCGUCUUUUUGUGUCGUUGUCUCUGCGGCUGCAGCACCCAGAGGCCCAGCAACAUGUGGCGGACGCUCCAACACACCUUCUGUCUGUUACUGACCGUUCACCUCAUUUACUCAACUCUGAUUCCUGCCGGAGCCGAGGAGGAGAGCAGGGAGUGCAGGGAGCAGGAGUACAAGGAUCGCUUCGGGAUCUGUAAACCCUGCAGGCAGUGUGAUGCAGGACAGGAGCUCUCAAAGGAAUGUGGCUUUGGUUACGGCGACGAUGCCCGGUGUGUGCCCUGCCGGAGCAGCCGCUUCAAAGAGGAGCGGAGUCUGCAGAAGUGCAAGCCCUGCCUGGACUGUGGCCUCCUCAACCGCCUCCAGAAGGGCAACUGCUCCACCACCAGCAACGCCGUGUGCGGAGACUGUCUGCUGGGAUAUUACAGGAAGACCAAACUCAGUGGCUUCCAGGACAUGGAGUGUGUCCCCUGCGGGGACCCCCCCCCUCCGUAUGAGCCUCACUGCGGUGGGCGGGUCAACCUGGUUCCUCUGCCCGCGGUGGUGACCAGCCCGCGGGACAUGGCCCUGGCCGCCGUCAUCUGCAGCGCUCUGGCCACGGUGCUGCUGGCUCUGCUGGUCCUGUGUGUCAUCUACUGCAAGAGACAGCUGCUGGAGAAGAAGCCUAGUGCUGUGUCUCUGAGGUCCCAGGACUGUCCCUACAGCGGAGCAGGUCUGUCCUGUCUGGACCACCGCUGGAUCCAGGACUUCCCCCAGAGAUCGUGCUGCCAGUGUCACCUGGGUCCUGAGCAGAGUGGUCCAGUCCUGGUCCCAUCGCUCUGCUGUGAUGAGAGGUGCAGUCUGGGCCGUAGCCGUGACGACAGUCCGUUCCAGUCUGAAAUGAGUCUCAGUGACGGAAACCUGGCUGAGGAGGAGUCUGAGCUGCAGGAGGAGGAAGGACCGGCAGUGUUGGACAGUGCAGGGACUGUGGGGCUGAUCAGGUGUUCACCGCUGCACCACUGCCCCACCCCGGGGCAGGAGGACGACGGUGAGGGACAGGAGGAGGAGGAGGACGUCUGCAGGUGUGAGGAGACCCGGGCCGACGCAGAUGAACGUCUCCAGACCAGUCCUUAGGAGAGGAGACGCACGGCCACGUCCUCAGCUGUAAAUCACUUUUUAUUGGAUUCUUUUCACCUCGACACAAAAGAAAGAACUCUCCCUCGUCAUCCUGUCCGUCGGCCUCCGAGGAAAAAACAACAAAAAAAAAACAGCCUUGAGGAUCCUCGACGUUUCCUGUGAGAUCAAAAAGGAAAGAAAACACAAGUGACCUUGACCUUUGACCUUUGACUGAUGACCUGUGAGGUAGAACUCACCU